CACCAUAGCUAAAGUGGGCGGGGCGUGAGGGUUUGCGGCGACCUUUCAUUACCGGGUGAGGACUCGUCCUCUGCGAGACGUGCAACUAUGGGUAGUGUCCUGGCCGCCAGUUCACCCAGUCCACCCCCACCAAUGCCAGGUGGCCCGGGCUUGACCUCAGUGCCCCCUGGCUUCACCAUGCCCACAGUGUCGCCCGUCUCGCCCACUGGCAGUGCUGCUGCUGGGCAGCAAGAGACAGAGGUGACGCUUCCCAACCCGGGCGCCUUCGAGGAAUGUCAUCGCAAAUGCAAAGAGGUUUUCCCCAUGCAAAUGGAGGGAGUUCGGCUAACCGUCAACAAAGGCCUCAGCAACCAUUUCCAGGUUAAUCAUAACAUCAUGCUGAGCACCCUGGGAGACUCCAGUUACAGAUUUGGUGCUACCUAUGUUGGGACCAAGCAGACAGGACCUGGAGAGGCUUUUCCUGUGAUGGUUGGUGAUAUGGACAACACUGGCAGCCUCAACGCACAGAUUAUUCACCAAGUAACCAACAGAGUGCGCUCCAAACUAGCUUUCCAGACACAACAGCAGAAGUUUGUGAACUGGCAAGGAGAUGCUGAGUUUAGGGGAGAGGACUUCACAGCUACUGUAACUUUCGGCAACCCAGACGUAGUGGUGGGAUCUGGUAUCGUUGUAGCUCACUACCUGCAGUCGAUCACUCCGUCUUUGGCGUUAGGAGGAGAGCUGGUGUACCACCGAAGGCCAGGAGAAGAGGGCACAGUCAUGUCUUUGGCAGGACGAUACACAGGCUCCAACUUUAUUGCCACACUGACGUUAGGAGGUGCUGGUGCACAUGCUUCAUACUAUCACAAAGCCAAUGAUCAGUUGCAGAUUGGUGUAGAGUUUGAGGCCAGCGCUCGCAUGCAGGACACGAGCGUUUCGUUUGGCUACCAGCUGGACGUCCCCAAAGCCAAUCUCCUAUUUAAAGGUUCUAUAGACAGUAACUGGGUAGUAGGAGCCACACUAGAAAAAAAGCUGCUGCCUCUACCCCUGUCUCUAGCACUUUGUUCUUUCCUCAACCAUCGUAAAAACAAGUUCCAAUGUGGAUUUGGUGUGACUAUUGGUUGAGCCAGGCCAGCUCAACGCCAUAUAGACACUCACAGAUCAAGCGGUCAGAGAAGUACAAAAUCUCCACAUCCAUGUUUUGAUAGGAAUGUAUAUUAGUCCCUGUUUAAUCAGAAAUUGAAGUGUUUCAAGGUUUAACGGCCGUAUGUUUGUUAGUGAAAGUAUUUUACCUUACUCCUGCAAUGUAAAUCUUAGCUAAAAUGGCCAUUAAAAAAGUGUACAUUAUGUAAAAACAUAUGUAAAUCAACAUAUUGUUUAAGAAAUGUGAGAAAAUAUGAGUGAACAGCUUCUGAAAACAUGUGGAAACCAUGGAGAGUCUCUGACACAAUCAUCAAGAAUCGAUCCGGUUGCAUUGCUUUGGUAGUUUGUGUAAUUCUUAUCGCUUUUGUUUGUUCUUUUUGAUAUGGGUUUUUCUUUUUUUCAAACUCAAGUUUCUUUUUUUAAUCUGUGAUCUUUCAGAAAAUGUUUUGAUUUAAAUUAAAGUUUUAUUUUUUUGUUGUUAGCUCCUUAUCAGUUUUCUGUCCUUUUUUCAUGGAUUUCAUUUUCUUUAUACUUCUGUAUUAAGUAUUAAAUCAUAUAAAUAUGUAAACUGUACGCCUCAGAGAAAAUAAAUACAGUUUCCUAUAUAAAACA